AUGACUGCAUUUAAAAUGAAGCUCCAUUUGUGGCAUUCUAAAUUGGAAUGUGAGUAUUUUGCAUCAUUUCCGAACCUCAAUACUUUCCUUGAUGAAGAUGGCCUUCGAGUUGAUGCUGAUAUCCUCGACAUAAUAAAACAGCAUGUCUUAGUUCUUCACGCUGAAAUUCAAAGAUACUUUCCCGACCUACAAAACUUGGAAAAAGUUCAUUAUUUUAUCACCAAUCCCUUUGCAAUCUCUGUUGUGGACGUUCCGUUAGAAGAUUACGUCAUUCAAGAACAGUUCAUCGAUUUGCUGAUUGACAGAGGUGCAAAAAACGCCUUCCGUAACAUGUGUUGCAGUGAAUUCUGGAUUGAAAUGACGCUAUCCUAUCCAGAUGUUGCCAAAUUGGCCCUCAAAUUCAUCGUUCCAUUCGCAACAACGUACGAAUGUGAGACGGCUUUUGCAACUUUACUCGCAAUUGAAACAAAGGUUCGCAAUAAACUGAACGUUGCGCAUGACAUGAGGGUCGCAUUAUCAAAAACGCAGCCUAAUAUUGAAGACAUAUUAUAG